AUGAGAAUCGAAGAAGUGCCUGAUGAUUACGAUCCCAUCACGGACCACGAUGACCUCACGUACAUUGUGAUGCGCAACAUCUGCCUCGACGGAAGUCCCGCUGCUACUAAAUACGAUCUCAAGGGAAACCCCGACCGCACAAAGGCCAGCGACAUGUCAGUUCUGCGUGAUUCGGAGCUUCGCACGAAUCAGCCGGAUGGCAUCCGUCUCAAGGAAGAGGAGCGCCAAGAAGUGGAGACGAUCCUGACCCAGGAUUUGGAGUUUUUGGAGCGUCGAGACCUCGUGGACUACUCAUUAUUGCUGAUGCUCGACAACGUGCCGCUGGAUGACAAAACGAAGUCGCAAGCCGAGCCGAGCCUCAUCGGGAUGACGGCUGAGGGCGAGAAACUGCUCCGAAUGGGGAUCAUCGACAUUAUGCAGCGAAAGGUCGGCGGGGCGGCGAAGAAAUGGAAAGAACAGGUUCUGGGCGGCGUAUUCGGCUACGUUUUCCCGCCAAAAUCCGGAAUUGCCGACAAGUUCAAGAAACUGAGCGUGGAUGCCCCAGUUGACGACAAUUCCACCGGUGCUUCGAGCAGCAGGGGCAAGAGCGACAAGAACACGGCCAACCGGAAGCGGAACCAGAAGAAGUCGAAGAACCGCCCUCAGGCCGCGUCCGGACGCUGCCCUCGAUUAGGCCUCGUACAUUGUAUUCCCCGGAAUUAUUUUUCAUCUGCCUUUGCGUUUUGCCUCCUU